CACAAGUCAUGAAUAAAUCAGACAUUUCUACUCGAUAUACUGGAUUUAAAAACUUGGAGGGGCGGCAGGGUGAUCCGAGGGUGGUUUGUUGCCAUUGGUGGUGGCCACAUUGCUAUUGCGGAUCUAUAGAAUCGAACGCUGGUGGCUGGUGCCGCCUUAGCCUCUGUACAAACACGGUUUUAGGACGGCUCAUCGUUUCUCAUUCUUUUGAUUGCAAGCGGCGUUUUAUUUGCAAUUGAGGGUUUGAGCAGACAUUGAGAGGGCAUUGAGAUAUUCAAAGCUCAGCAUCCCUUCAAGUUACUCUAAAAGAAGAGUGCAUUCGAGCGGGGAAGUGAGAUCAAGCCUGCAGGUUGUGGUGGCAGCAAGCGAUCAUGUCUCAAGUACUGUUUCAGACGGCUGCCAGGCAGCUGCGCCUCUCCACGCCUCUGAUGAAAACGAACCACCUUGUUCCAACCAGAAGCUUUGCAGCUGGAGCUCACGGUCAUGAAUCUAGCAAAGCAGAUUUUUGGAAGGAGCCAACAAAUCCUGGAAAUUGGAAGGAAGAACAGUUCGUGCUCUUAUCGCUUGCCGGAUGGGGACUUCUGAUCUAUGGGGGAUAUAAAGCUGCAACCGGAGGUGGGAAAAAGAAGUCCGAUCCAGCCGCCCUCACAGCGACAUCCACCCCAACUGCCACGCCUAACCCACCCCCUGGAAAGCACUCGGAAAAUGCUCCUUUAGCCUCAGCAAAGCACUGAAAUUUGUAGGUUCCAAGAGUGUAACUGCUGAAGUCUAGCUCCGCAUACAAUCUUUUCAAUUUGAUCCAUCUACAACUUCGAGAGGACGCUAUUCCCUGGAGUUUUCAAAUUCCUGGGACAAAGCAUUAUACAAGUCAGGACAUCCUCUCAAUUGUAAGUGCUCUGGGUCGCCAAGCUGCCCACGUACUAAAAAUCUGCAAAUGAUAGAUUCGCUUCUCAUGUGAAAGUUCUGAUUCGGGUAGCUUUUUCAGCUCUCGCUUUUGUGCUGUUCACAGUUCUCACAAGUGAAUGGUGAUCUGUUGCCAAGCUCGCUCAUGGACUUUACAUAACAUGGA